CCUUUAUCGGAAAGGAUGGAGUUGGGAAAAGGAAACCUGCUCAGGACUGGACUGAAUGCCUUAUAUCAAGCCAUACACCCAAUCCAUGGCCUUGCCUGGACCGAUGGGAAUCAGGUUGUCCUAACUGAUUUACAGCUGCACGAUGGAGAGGCCAAGUUUGGGGACUCCAUAGUCAUUGAACGAUUUGAAUAUGUCUGUGGACUGUCCUGGGCCCCAGCAGAUACAGUUGACAAACACUCUCUGCUUGCAGUCCAGCACAAGAAGUGUGUCACUGUGUGGGUACUGGGUCCCAGGACUAUGGAGACGAGCAAAUGGCUGAUGAGUCAGGCCUGUGAGACUCGAGAAUCUCUUCCUGUCCUUCCCCAGGGUUGUUUGUGGCACCCAAAAAAUGCUGUCCUAACUGUGUUGACUGCACAGGAUGUUUCUGUUUUCCCUAAUGUUCACUGUGACAGUAGCCGGGUCAAGCUGGACAUCAACACCCAGGGUCGCAUUCACUGUGCAUGCUGGACCCAGGAUGGCCAGAGGCUGGUGGUGGCAGUAGGUAGCAGCCUUCAUUCUUAUAUUUGGGACAGUGCUCAGAAGGCUCUUCACAAGUGUUCCUUCUGCCCAGUGUUUGAUGUGGACAGCUGCGUCUGCUCCAUCAGUGCAACUAUGGACUCACAGAUUGCCCUAGCCACUGAGCUUCCACUAGAUAAGAUCUGCGGCCUAAAUGCAUCUGAAACCUUUGAUGUUCCACCUAAUGGCAAAGACACUUCUCUGUAUACUUUGCCAGUUAUUGGUAAAGUGCCCUCUGUGACUCCAGGGGCAGUCAAUUCUGAAACAAAUUCUGAAAUAUCACUUUCUCCUUCCUUUUCUUCUUCCUGUUUAGAUCCUCUGGACCUAACUCAUAUACAAUUCAAUCAACGUAGGUCUGAAGGUAGUUCUCUGAUUUCUCUAAGAAAAAAGGACUAUUUGACAGGAACUGGUCAGGAUUCUUCACAUUUAGUUCUCGUGACCUUUAAGGAAGGUGUUACCAUGAGCAAAAAAGUCACCAUUCCAGGCAUUUUGGUUCCCGAUCUAAUAGCAUGUAAUCUAAAAGCACAGGUCGUGGCCGUGGCUUCUAACACUUGUAAUAUAAUUUUGAUCUAUUCUGUCAUUCUGUGCUCCGCACCAAGCUUCCAGCAAAUUCACUUAGAGAAUACUGAAAGACCAAAAGGCCUAUGUUUCUUGACAGACAAAUUAUUGUUGAUUUUGGUGGGAAAACAAAAAAGUGCUGAUUCGGCAUUUCUUUCUUCUUCGAUGUUUGACCAGUAUGUCCUUCACUUGAUUGUUAAAGAAGUAACGCUGGAAAAACAAUCCUCCGUAACGUCAAAUGAAAGCCAGAGUGGCUGCUCUACUUCCAGCGCCCUGUUAAAUAAAGCAAAUAGAAUAAAGUUAAUCGAAAAUCUUUCCCCAGGUUUUGGUUACUCAAACAGAGGGCUCUUAUCAACAGCUAAUACUAGUAGUCAGAGUGGAAAGCAUGGAAGAAGGCUUAUUGAAGAAAUCCAAAGUCCACCGUCCAGUAUCUGUGAUGGCUCCAUAGACCUAGAAACAGUAGGCGCCCAGCCCAGGAACCAACCAGCAACACUGCCCCAGCACAGCAGCACUCCAGACCACACCAGCACACUAGAGCCUACUAAUUUGUCUCAAUGGAAUAACUUGCAAGGGGAAAAGGAAACUUCCUAUUUAACUAAGGAAGUGGAAAAUUUAUCUAGGAACCUCACUGAAAUGCAGCAAUGUCUUUCUGAACUCACGGACUUUCUGCAUAACGGGAAGAAACCCUCUUCUGUGUAUCCACCCUUUCAGGAUCCUCCUUACGUUCACGUCAUUUACCAGAAACCUCAUUAUGUAGGUCUUAUUACUGAAAAAAGAGCAGUGCUUCUCUGCAAUGGCAAACUGAGGCUCAGUACGGUUCAGCAGACUUUUGGCCUGUCUCUCAUUGAAAUGCUACACGGCUCCCACUGGAUCCUUCUCUGUGCCGACAGUGACGGCUUUAUCCCGUUAACUUUCAUGGCCACACAGGAAGUAAUCAUAAGAGAUGGCUGCCUGUCUAGGUCAGAGGUCUUCAGAGACUCUUUGUCUUAG